AUGAAAUUACAUUACGACUCGGAACUGUGUCGUUAUCCUAGAACUGCUUUUUCGUUCAUUCUAAAUUUUCUAACGUGGAAGUAUAACUUCGUGACAAAAAUGUGCACUACCUGUCCGUUCUACAAACAUUCGGCCAUUUUCGCUGGCUUAUAUCUGAUCGUAGAACUGGCACUGUCUUCGUACAGCCUGAUUCAGUUGAUGCUCGGUACCACCGAUCCCGCCGCUCGUGUGUGGGUUCUUCCGCUGCACCUGGGUAGCUACCAUGUGACGCUUCGAAUAAGCAGUUACUACUUCCAGCUGGCAGGUGCACUGUUUUCCGUUCAGGCAGCGGCCCGCAGUCUGUACUAUCUAGUUACCGGCGGUUACGAAGCGCUGCUUGGUUUGGUGGUUUUCGUUCCCCUGUUUAUCGCAAUAGCUGCAGUUGGCGUAAGUAGUGAAUACAAACGAGAAUGUCCAGGCCAACACUGCCGAAGGUUUAUACUGAAGCAAACGCUUCGAUUCGGUUCGGCGUUGGUUUAUUGGUCCAGCAUUUGCUGUUUGUUGUACAACGUAUACUCAAAUUGUAUAUUCAGUGGGCAUUAA